UUGAACUUUUGACGUGAACUUGACUAAAACUUCUUACGACUUAACCAAAAUAUUUGAGUUUUUACUAGAAUUAAUACAAUAAUAUUUGUUAUUUUAUAUAAAUAGUAUUAUAUUUAGUGGAACAUAAAUUAUUAUAAUCAUGGUUUGAAUAAUUUGUUCAUGUGCUCGGUGAAAUUUGUGAACAUACUUUCAACGUAAUUUAAGGAAUUUGAGUGAUUCAGAAAUGGAGGUAUAACCAAAGAACUAGAUGAGAAAUGUUCCAAAAUGGCGGAAUUCCUACCCCUUUGCGAUGUUCUAUUCAACGUCAUAUCCUUAGCUGGAUAUUUCUGCGACGUUGUGUUCGACCUCGUAAUGGGUUAUGCGCUUCUUGAGAGAGGCUACAAAUGUACAUUUGCAGCUACUAUUUCUAUAGUCAUUACUUCCCUUCUUAUAUCGCAGGUGCUUUCAAUUCGUUGGUAUCUACAUAUGUGGUGGGCGAAUGAGGAUCGUAAGGAUCGGCCGCCCUGGUUGCCUAUAUUGGUUCAUUGCCUGCAAAUGGGUGUUCUGUGGCGCUAUGCACGAUUGUUGGUACCGGUUGAGCUGAGGAGGGUUAAACAUCAAGUUAGGGAUUUAUGUAUGUUACGUUUGGUUCACGCGUUCUGCGAGGCGGCUCCGAUGCUGCUUUUGCAAAUACACAUCUUACUUAAGAAUGCUGACUUAGAAACAUCGAACGAAUUGACACUUACAGAACCCACUGUCGAUGAACCAUCAGCCAACAAGGCGUUCGCUGAUUUGAACGUGAUAUCAGCGUCGCUGUCUUUGUUUUCUGUGUGCUGGGCUCUCGCUAGCUUCAGCAAGAACGUGCGUCUGCAGAACGUUCACCGUCUGGUACUGACGUGGCUGGGAGUAAUUUUUCAGUUUCUUUGGCGUCUCGGCACGGUAUCGGCUAGGAUAUGUGCCUUGAGCGUUUUCGCUUUAGUUUACGAAUAUUGGGUGUUUCUAGUUAUAAGCCUACAUUGGAUAUCUAUGUUUUUAUGGUUGAUAUCACCAAAGAACGUUUUCCACGGUGAACGGAUAAGUCGUCCACGUAAAGCAUAUUUGUCAGCGCUGAUAGCUUUUGUGUAUGUCUUCGCGUACAUUAAUCUUCAAGAGCACAAUCACAGGCAGAAAAUGGUCGUGUUCUACUGUGUGAUGUGUGUCGAGAACUGUGUGUUGGUGACCGCCUGGUGGUGUUCGUGGCGAGGGUCGCUCCGUCCCCAGGCGAUUGCAGCUGCUGCAGCUGGUGCGGCUGUUGCAGGUCUCGCCUGCAUGCUGCUCUAUUACAGAUAUUUCCACGUCCGCAGAUUAGGCUACAUGCUAGGCGAACAUCAACAGGGAACUAACAGUACGAAUGCGUCGUCGCAAAAUAAAAAUGAAAAGCCAAAUCAGAACGACAACGCGACUAUACCGGGAGUUUUUAACUGUAGAUUUUCAAAUCCAGUCAACAACAGCGCAGCAAACGGUCGUAAGAAGAAGAAGCCGACGUCCUUUGUACCGCCUCCCGCGGCCCAACCUGUAGCUUUUUGGAGGAGGCCCCUUCCAACCGCACACAACCAUCACGGUGGGUCUUCAGAAAACGAAGGAUCAAGUGUCGGCUCGCGUGUGAACAUUCAACAGAAAUUACAAGAAAAGAAACAAAAGCAGCUAGCGGAACUAAGGGUCAUAGAAGAAGAAAUAAAACAAGGGAAAUUGGCAAAGACGACGCCGGUAGCCGCCGAAGAAAUAUACAGCAGUCUGCAAAGACAGCCGAUACCCAGAGCGAAAACGCACGCAGAACCACCGGCGUGGCCUAGUAUAGAAAUGACGCACUCCUACCAGAACUACCCCGUCUUACCCCACAACUGCCACGUCUACCCCACAUACACGGAAAUAAAACCUGAAUACAAUCAAAACUUCCAACCCAACGAAAAAAUACAGAACAUAUACAAUCAGGAUUCUAGAUCCUUCUACGAGAACCCGGCGAACCUGCGCAACGAGGUCAACAGGCAACUCAGAUCACCGAACUACUUGGAGCGGAAAUAUGAAUCCAAUGUAUGCAUCAACAACAGUCCCAGGAAAUACAUAGCCGACAAUAAUUACGACCAAACGAGGACACAAUACUCGGGUGACAGGCAGGAUUUCACUUACGAGGACAAUCAGACGUACAAUAAGGACGAAUAUUCCUUACACAACGCUAUAAACGUGCAGGGCAUGUACGACUGUAGUCAAUAUAACCAAAACUGCGAGAGGUUCCCUUAUCUGGGCGGCAAGAUGGAACAGAUAAGGAAGGUCCAGCGGUGUAGGACCCCUGAAAUAUUAUUGGCACCGCAUUAUCUAGAGGGAUGCAAUAGACAAUUUUGUAACUGGGCGCCUUACACCAAUAGGAAAAAGGAGGAAGUGGCGGGUGCUGGUGCGGGUGCGGGUGUGGGUGUGGGUGUUGGUGCGAAUGUGGGCGCGGCCGUGGGUGCAUCGGGGGUGAACACGGCUACGGUCGAGAGUAGCGAGGAAUCGGGUGACAAGAGAGAUACUCCGCGCCCUCCUAGUGAUAUCGAUAGUCAGAUAUCUCUUCCCCGUUCGUACACCCUGCCACGUGAGUUUCGUUACUGGCGCCGUCGUCCGCGACCAGCUCCAUCGAACAACAGCAGUGAUGGUGAUGUAGAUAGCGCUGAUAACGACAGCGAUCACCGCUCCAACUGUUCUGCGGGCUCUCAGAUACAGCCGCCUACAUACGGGGAAUUCCCGUACGGGCCGCGACACGAAUACGACUACGCGUGUCCGGGGCGACGGCGACUACGGAAACAGGGGCCCAAACCGGAAACUAAGCUAUAGAAUAUAUAUAUAGUUUUUUGUUAUUUUUUUCAUACAAAUCUAGAUAAUAUAGAAUUGUUACAAAAAUUACAACAAUAGUGUUAUAAUUAUUGUUAAGUCAUUAUUGUUUGAAAUGCGACCUCAAUAAAUGAUAUCUUUUUUCGCUGGCAACACUAUAAUAUCUGCCAAAUAGGAACUGUACUGAAAUCUUGAUACCGCCUUUUUAUGAAACCAUUUUUAUUUGUAACUGGUUACACUGCAUAUUAUGAACUUAUAUAAUCUGUGGGAAGUGAUAUAUCGCAACAUCCGUCCAUGACACUGAAACAUUGAGAUUUUCUAACUUUAAUAUAAAUAAUGCCAUUAAUUUUUUUUUUCUAUUAAUAAAUGUUAAUAUGUAAGUUGUAAAUGUAAAAUUUGUACUAUUGUAUAUUUGUAUAUUGAUGUACUUUUGUAGAAAAGAAUUAAUGAAUCCAAUGAAGAAUUU